UGUUGAUGGAAACUUUUUAGCCCAAGCAGGGCAGGGCUGAAGCACUGAGGGCACUGAGGAAGGUAGGACAAGUCAGUGUUUAGGGCAAGCAUUGUUGGCUUCUCAGAUGGACCCUUGUUUCCAGGGGAGAACGUACCAUAAGCUCUUGUUCCCAUCCAUGUUAGAAGUAUACCCCUGUGUAGAUGAGGGAGCGUGGCAUUCAGGGGAGGAGAAACUGUUGGGCACAGCCAAAGGGCACCAAACAUGGGACUGACUUCCGAGGCAGAGAGCUGAUGAUGAUGGCUCCAGUUCUCAUUAAAACAAAGAUGCCCUCCCACAUCACCAACAGGCAUGUGUAGAAACUAUGAUGUACACAGAGCAACAAAUCCACCAGAACUGGGCACAUGUGAAAGGAGCCAAGGGUGCCAAGAGGCCUGAGGACGUUUGGAGAAGUCAUGUUUCCAUGGCAGAGGGCACUGUCCCCAUUAACUCUCUGCUAGGACGGCAAAUCAUACCCAGCAGCUAUCUGUGCAGGGAGUGGGGUGGGCUGUAUUGACGGCUCACAGCUGGAGAAUAGGAGUCAGAUGGUUGGCUGGGGAGCUAAGUGCUCAACAGAAUAUUAAAGGGAAUCAAUGCUGAGUGAAGCGGUGCAGGAAUGAGUGAAGCGUGCUCUUUCUCCCAUGGGGAGAAGACCAGUGCAGUCAGCUGCCCACUGAGAGCCCUGCGGUUCCCAAGAAGUCAGCAAGUUGGCUGUAGAGCAGCAAGUGCGGGGAGAGGCAUUGCUAAGGCCAGGGUACUACACACUGAGUGUCUGCCCCGGGUGCGUGCAUCGUGCUCCCUGUGCCAUCCCUUGUGAGCACUAGCGGACUGAAGUGAACUGGCUUCUAGCUGCUCCUUAGCAUGUCUGUUUUCCUACCUGCUUUCCCUAGAAGCCAGCAGUCACUGUAAGGUCCAUGCACUGAGCAUGGGCUCCCUCCCUUCAGAGCUGGACGGGGCUAGAGAUGAGAUUUCCUUCUGGAGGGGUCCUGUGGAUGUCUUCUGCAGAGGAGAUGCUGUGCCUUUGUGCAGAUGCUGCCCAGUGGCUAGUGAGGAGAGAGGCUGUGAUAUGAGAGCCCUGUGUCCUGUGUCUCCCCGCAUCCACACAUUGAUGGGGAACCACAAGCCAAUGGGGACAAUGCCAGCAGUGAUUUGAGCCACUUGCUGCUCGGGGGACUCGGUCAGCAUCACAGAGCCAGACUCUGGUUGUUUGAGAAGCGGGUUUUUGCUCUGGAGCAGUGUCCAGACUGCUGGGAGGCAGUGGGCAACCAUGGCUCUUGCAUAGGAAACUGGGAAAGUCUUCAGAAGUAAAGGGCAAAGCAGACCGAGGGCUUGCCCUGUAGGAGGCUGAUGCCUUCCAGAGCCCUGACAUCAGAUACCUCUCUGCCUCCAGCCAGGGUGUGCCCACGGUGCUCCUUGUUGCCUGCAGUGCAGUGCCAUGAGCAGAUGGCUGACACCUUCCCUCAUGGGAGCAAGCGCACUGAGCAAUGCUCCAGCUUUGCAAACCGCCCACCUUACAGGUGCCUGAUGAGGGAUGCCCACUGCUGGCCAGGGUAAUGCUCAGAUAAGAUACCGCCUGCUUCCAUCUCACCUGCUCUUGCACUGAAUCAGACUAAGGCAACGUGGCAGCUCCAUGAACUGCACUCCUGACACCUCAGAGAGGGGAUAACCAUGCAGGAGGAGCAAGCUCUGUAGGAGAGCAGGAGACCAGAGUCCUGAACUGGAAGUGGGAGCAGUCCCAGUCAGGGCGGGAUGGGAGGGUCUGGGUAACUUGUGCCGUGGUAGUGAGAGUGACACAUGCAGACCAAGCAGUCAGUGGCAUUGCAUCUGUUUUCCCAAUAGUGACUAGGCCUUCCAGUGAGGGCCUGGCCUUGGAGUCCUGGCUGAGCCCUCAGCCUGCAAGAGAAACAGGCCACUGGUCAGAAAACAGGACUGGGAGCCAGCUUUUAAGCUCUCAGCCAGUCUCCAUCACUGGUUCCUACGUCAGUCAAAUGACAUGAACCUUCUAGUUGCUGCUUCCCUCCCAUUGAAUGGGCCCACGCAUCCAAGGAGGGCUGUGAGGCUUCAUUAAUAACUGCAAAAGCUGUGAAACAGAAAGGGCUAGUGGGUGUCACGAGCUAGUGACUCACUGCCCCUGGGAUUCUCCUUCCUUCUCUGCAAGGCUGGGAGCAGUAGGGGGGAGACUGGCCUUUCUACCCCCGGCCAGGCCCUGCUAUGCAGGAAAUUGCUGUCCAGGGCUUCUGUGGGUAGCAACGCAGCAUUAAGAUGCAGAGAGGUGAAAGCUGGAUAUGGCUGUUGGCAGCUCACAGAGGCUGGUGGGCUGCCUGGGGCAUACUUACUGCAGGGAGUGUGGGGAUAGCACAGACAGUGGUGAGGCACCCCAUGAGCUGGAUGUGCACAUAAGCAUGCACCAGAGCUUAUGCCUCGGGGUGGAGGGGCUCAGAUACAGAUGUGCUACAUCACUGUCUGGCUGAUAGAACCAGGGACUUUCUGGGGUGCUCUGGGUCACGGGACAUGAAGGAGGGCAGAGUCCCAGACACCCAAGGUUGCUCUCUUCCAGAGGAUGGAUGCAGCUGGCUGCCCCGAUGGCACCUCCUCCUGAGGAAGGCACAUUAGCAUGAAGGCAGCUCUCCGUGGAGCAGUUCUUCCCGGUGCUUCUCCCUGCCUAGGCUCCUUUGCUUUACCUUGCAGGCUUCCUUCCAAAUGGGUCCCUGAAGCUCCAGCCUGCGGCUCCUGUGACAUCCGGUGUAAGCAUCCCCUGGAGCAACCUCCAGCCCGUGGAGCUGUGGCACCGCCAAACCUGCUUCUGCAAUGGGUAAUGAGGAGCUGUGGGUCCAGUCAGUCUUGGAGAUGCCGAAGAGACGAGACAUCCUGGCUAUCGUGCUGAUAGUUCUGCCCUGGACGCUGCUAAUCACCGUCUGGCACCAGAGCACCAUUGCUCCACUGCUUGCAGUGCACAAGGAUGAUGGUGACUCCCGGCGUGAUCUCGCCCCAGGCUCGGAUGCUAAGGAAUACUGCCUGUCCGACCGCGACAUUGUGGAGGUGGUGAGGACAGAGUACGUUUACACCCGCCCUCCCCCCUGGUCAGACACCCUCCCCACCAUCCACGUCAUCACCCCCACCUACAGCCGGCCGGUGCAGAAAGCGGAGCUGACGCGCCUGGCAAACACCCUCCUGCACGUGCCCAACUUGCACUGGAUCCUAGUGGAGGACUCUCAGCGCCGGACCCCCCUCAUCACCCGGCUGCUACGGGACACAGGGCUGAACUACACCCACCUCAACGUGGAGACACCCCGCAACUACAAGCUGCGGGGUGACAUGAGGGAUCCCCGCAUCCCUCGUGGGACCAUGCAGAGGAACCUGGCCCUGCGGUGGUUGCGAGAGACCUUUAACAAAAACAACAGCCAGCCGGGGAUUGUGUACUUUGCUGACGAUGACAACACCUACAGCCUGGAGCUCUUUGAGGAGAUGCGCACAACCAGGAAGGUGUCAGUGUGGCCGGUGGCCUUUGUGGGUGGCUUGCGCUAUGAGUCGCCCAAGGUGAACGCAGCAGGGAAGGUGUAUGGCUGGAAGACAGUGUUCGACCCCCAUCGCCCCUUUGCCAUCGACAUGGCAGGCUUUGCUGUGAACCUCAGGCUGAUCCUUCAGCGAUCUCAGGCUUACUUCAAACUGCGAGGAGUGAAGGGGGGCUACCAAGAGAGCAGCCUUCUCCGGGAGCUAGUGACCUUGAAUGACCUUGAGCCGAAAGCUGCCAAUUGCACUAAGAUCCUUGUCUGGCACACAAGGACGGAAAAGCCCGUGCUGGUGAACGAGGGGAAGAAAGGCUUCACAGACCCCAACGUGGAAAUCUGACCUUGCACAGAUGAGCGGAGACCAACAGAUUCCUUCUUGCCCGGCCUGCAGGCUCCUCUCAACAGCAGACAGCCAGAUGCGGAGCAGACAGGACCACUCCGGCUUCCAAACGUUUUAAAGUACUGAAAACAAGUUCACCACCACCACAUGCACAGACCGCUCAGACUCCCUGACCUUGCUCCUGGACUCCAAACAGAACCAGACGCUCUGGAGACAGAGGAAGAAAAAGCACAGAAGCCGUUGUGUUGACGCCAACUUCAGUACAAGGCCCGCAGCCUCACGAGGUGCUUGGUUUGGAAGGAGUGCGUGCAGGGCAUGAUACACUGGAGAGGAGGCCCAGCGGCUCCAGGCCCUGGGGCUGGUGUCAUAGGAUGCUCCGGCAUGGACAAGAAACGCCUAAAGGAGUGGCUUGGCCCCACUGACUUUCUCCCAACGCAGACAUACGUUGUGGCUAGGUGCACAGCAGCCUGGAGCAGCUCUCCGGUUGUGGCGGGGACAGAGCUGGCACCCUAUCCCUUAAUUUUGAACUUACUUUAUUCAGUAUUUAUUACGCUGCACAAGAUGGUAGGGUUUGGGGAAGGUGAAAAGCAUAGCAGGUAAGAACCAGCCAACAAGUAUCUCUGCUCUCUUCCCAGCCGCUCCCCACCCCCUUCCCCAUCCCUGCCAGCUCCAGGGCUCGGAGGGCAGUCUGACAGCUCUGACAUACCUCUGUGUACUUGUAUGGAUUUAUGUUUACAGAACAUACUCCUAUAUUCCUGCCCCCUCAUGCGGUACUCACUGGAGGUGGGUCCCAGUUGGACCUUUGCAGCCAAAUCCCUUAAAGCUCCAUGCAAGUUCAGAGCUUGGCUCUGAAUCUUCUAGCUCGGGCCUCUCUCUAGUGCUAACCCGACUGGCAGAGCUUUAGGAAUUGGGCUCUCUGAAGUGUGCACCUACCUCAAGACAGGUUACUUUAACAAACCCCCAGCUGCUCCAUCCCAGUACUCGAGGGGACCACUCCAGUAUUUCACCAAAUGCUGCUGCAGUCUCCAUACUGGAAAUGAGGUCAAAUUGUAGGAGGUAAAUAACAAAUCUCUUAGUAAUGAGCUAACUUCCAUCUUUCGAUCCCUCAACUUCUGUAGUGUAUUUAAAUACUCCGCCCAAUACAGGGCCUCCGACUGAGGAAAACCAGUGGUGCAAUAAAGUAACACUGAAAGACUGCUGGGGCAACCCAAGAAUUAAUUGGUUGCUCCUAACCCAGUGUCCUAAUCAGGUAGGCCACAAGCUGCAGCUCUCCCAGUGCCGCUUGCUUCAGCGCUGGCUCCAGGGGUGGAAAGGGAAAAAAGAAGAGAAAAAAUCCCAAGCCACUUGGAGCCUCUGCAGCUACCAAAGUGAGAGUCCUUCUGACAGAGGAAGUGGGGGGUCAGCUCCUCUGUUAAAGACGAGAGAGGGCAGCAGCCUGGGCCCUUGCACCUUAGGAUCCUGGGAAAGUUGGGCUGGAUGGGACCUCAUGAGGUCAGCUGCUCAAGGUAGGAUCCUCACUUAGGUCAGGGAAGGCCAACCAGCAGCAUAUGUGCCACAGGUGGUACAGGCAGCUCCCGUGUGUGGCAGGAGAGGAGAGGACAGGCACAUAGGGCACGGAGCAGAAAGCAGAACGGGCAGGGGAAGGGGCACUUGGAGAGGGUGCAGGGCUAAUUUGUGGCAUGCCUGACCAAAACCCAUUGGCUUAGGUGAUGCUGGGUGAGAAGCAAAAGGAAGAGUUAACCAAAUUUCCCCAUCUCCAGCUACUUUUCCAACCUCUUCCCAGGCCUGAUGUUUACCUCUGGCCAGGUGUUGAGCGUUACUGUCCCAAUUCUUUUGAAAAAAGUCUGAAGCACAAUUUUACCUGAGUUAAGGGAUAAAUAUAAUCCUGUAAAGAGACUCAGUUAUUUUUUUAACCCAUAACAUCUUAUAUAAUACUACAUAGACUAUUUCUUUCAGAGUAUUAGCUUCGCAUCCCUCUUUGGACUAAUGAUAUUGUGUAUUUCCUAAUAUUUAAAACAAAAAAAAAAAAUUUUUUUUGAAGUUUUAUUCCCUCCCCCAACAUUAGAAAAUAGUUCUGUUCUUUAGCACCCAAUCAUGGAAGACUUGCUACAGCUUCUAUGAAAAUGCCCUUUUGGUCAGAAUCCAAACUGGUUAGCAAGGAUUUGAUGGCACUGGUCUCCCUUUGCAUUUUGGGAAAAGCCCUUCAUAGACUCUGUUAAGCAGCAGCUUUCUGUUCAACCAGUUAUUAUCCAAGCCUCCCAGUGGCAUUGCACAGUCUGCAUAUCUGAGAGGUGAAAUAGAAGGCAUUUUCCAAGGGGUACAAAGUUUUCAUUCUAUUCAAGUGGUUUUCAAACAAUGUCCUCUUCUCACUGCAUGUCUGUUUACUUACAAUAAUGAUAAACCCUGUUGGAUUGCAGCCUUCCAUCCUCUGAAAGGAAUAAUUCCCCAAGAAACAUGCAGGACCUCAUCCUAAACAAAACCCUGUGAAAAUGCUCCACUCUCCUCGGAAAGUUGGCCACAGGAGCCCAGCCCUUUCUAGCUGGUCUGGUAGUUACCGUGGGCUUGGAGCUGCUGAGGGCAGAGGUACAAAUGCUGUGGCAAGACAGGCUCUGAUGGGGAUGGGGUGCAUUACAGCUGCACUGUCUGUUCUCAGUUUUAAUUAAAUUGUAUUUAAAUUUGUUAAAUAAAAUUAAGUAUGGUUUUUAACAGCCAGAAUUCCCUGGAAACGCACUGCAUGGCUGUUUGGGGUGCAGUGAAACUUUACUUCUGCAGCUAAAUGCAGCUCAGUUACUCCCAUAAGGACUAACCUGACUCCUCUUGGCUACUCAAGGUCAGAUGGUGGCUUGGUUUCAGGAGAGAAGAUGCCAAAAUCUUGGAUACACCAGAUUCCCACUGGCAGCAGGGAGCUACAGAGCAAGGCCGAGGUCAUUUAAACCAAAACAGAAAGGGAAAAAGAAGCCAAGCAAGUUUCCAGAGGUUUGGCCCAUUUUUGUAUGUUGACCUUGGACCCUGGUGAGUGAAAAGGCAGAGGAGGGAGGGGGUAGAUAAGCCACCCACGGUGCGGUUCUUCUGCAGGAUCCCUUGGUCAUGGCUAAGCAAGAUCCAAAACCCCUACUGUACACUUCCAAGAACUUUUACUUCAGACUAAGUGGCAGCUGUGGGAGUGCUCCCCUGCCUGCAUUGUGCAGUGACCCCUUUCCCUACUCUCCAACUCCUCUCCCUGCUCAUGCAAUGUUCCCAUUAGGGUCUAGGGAGAACCGUGACUAGCUGGACUCUGUGCCCUAAAGGACGGACCAUGAUAGCCUCCCCUGGGCUGGAUUUAUGCAAGAUUGAGGUGUGGGGGAGAAGCUGUUUCUCAGCAAGGGGACUGAUCCUUGUGAACCUGCCUUUGGUAGCUUUGCGUCGUGUUGUGUCAGAGCCCGUUCAAUCCGGCAGUCCCGCUGAGUACAGGUGGACAGAGACGUGCACACAGGUAACUUGUUACAAAUUUUUUUUUCCCCCCCCCCACAAAAGAGAGAGACAACCUCAAUAUUAAAAAUUAAUGGAAAAAGCUAAAAGUUAACUCAGUUACAUUCAACCUGCUUCCAACAACUGAACCAAUAAAACCCUCUCUACACACAACAGUGGGAUCAGUUCUGCUCAAGAGCUCACCCAGCUAGCGUUUUCCAUACCUGGUUAUUCUUUAGUACUUAUCACCAAUUUUUCUUCCCUUCUAAUCACAAAAAUGGAGGUGCCCCAGUGUAACACACAGAGGCUCAGAACAGCUGGGCUCAUCCUACAUGCAGGCGGGACCCACCCGCCCACUCUCCUCGACAGGAUUGUCCAUAACACCACAGACAGGGAUCCCAGCUGGGGGCCGUCUGGCAUGUUGAACUCUUCACAGUGUAGCUACAGGAGCUUCCGCCUCUCUGAUGGAUUUGACUCCCUGGGUGUGCAAUCUGCCUCCCAACCUCGUUGCCAAAGAGCAAAUCCUUUCCGUGGGUCUAGGGAAAAUGAACAAGCCCGACUGUGUCUGAGCUGUCACAUCCUGGAUAUAAAAAACUGGGAACAUCCACAAAAA